CUGCCCAACUGUGCUUAUUAUAAAUAUCAUCAUCAUAGGAAUUGAAUCCACUUCAUAGUUUCACAUACAUAUCCUAAGAUAAUGCAAUCCACUUCUCUGAUAAAUUAUUCCUCAUCAGCACCAUAUUUUCAUGGAAGGAAAUUAGGGAAAUCUUCAGUGAUAGUUAUGGCAUGUUGGAAGAAUAAUGAUACCAACAAUAACAACUACUAUGGUGGUAGAUUGGUGGAUGAGAGCAUGAUAGUGCUGAGGAAGAGGAUCCAUGAGAUGAAGAUGAUUGAGAGGAACUACGAGGCACCUUCUGAUUGGAUGGAUUGGGAGAAACAAUAUUACACAAGCUAUGACUCCAUGGUGUUGGAAGCCAUGGCCUUUCUCCAGACACAGUUGAUGAACACAAGGCCAAGUUUCGCUCUUGGAGCUAUGGCUAUUCUUGCUCUCUCUCUUCCAACUUCUGCUGCUCUUUUUUUCUUCCAUCUUCUUCACUUUACCAACUCUCUUUUCUCUCCUGGGAUCCAUUAGAUACAUUCAUACAAUACAACUAGUACUUAGUGCUUAUAGAUUAGAAAUAUUUGUGGUUGUAUAUAUUUUUGGAAGCAUACUAUAUAUAUUAAUUUGGUAUAUGAAAGCAAAAUUAUAAGAUCA